AGCUGUUCGUCAUUCCUUUUUGUUAUCACGCUCUCACAUUGUCCCUCUUUUGUUUCUUAUUCUGACACUCUUUCAUCAUGCCGUCGUUUGCUUUCUGGAAAAGCUCGAAACUAGACGAGUCCCAGUCUCCACUUCUCAGCGAUGCUGCGGUCAAGGAACUCAGCGUGAUUAUACCCAACGUCUCAAAAGCAGUCGAUUUGAACCCAGGCAACCAAGACUCGGGGGUGUUCCUCUUCGACGAAGAUGCUCAGGAGAUACCCGGAGAUCAGACGCCGAUCAUUGGGCCAACACCAGGUCACCCAAUUGAGAAAAGUCCAGAGCAACCUGUAGAGCCCACACAACCGAACACAAGCAGCGCGACCGAUUUAGAGAUUUCGUUGCUGGAGGUGCAUGAACCUUCGCCGCACCGAGAAUCGCCCGCACUUGUGCCCGAAGAGCCACUUGUUCAGACCUACGUCGAAGCGACAGAGCAGAUGGGUUCGCAGCAAGAGAUGAAGGAAGAAGUUGCAGCGCAGGCCAAGCUUCCGCUGCCCGAACUGCGUUCGCUAGCAGAGCCUUCGCCAGUGCUCGACUCGACCCAAGACGAAGAGCAUGUAUCCACUCUCCAGUCGCGACCAGUCUCUCUGGUGCCCAAAGAGUCUGAUCCCACCCUAGCAGUUGAGAAAAGUGCAGUACCCGCGGCUCUUGGAAAGAUCGAGACGGGUGCGCGUGAUCGAGAUUCUGGCAUAUACUUGUCGGACAAUGAGAGCUCUUCAGCACGAUCACGACCAUCCUCGAUCGCUUCGAAUGAGACUGCUCCGCUUCGGUCACGGGUGACUUCGCUGUCAAAACCCUCGACGUCGUCUCCUCAGCGCACGAACUCGAUCGCCCGGCUACAACGGCCAGCUGAGCUGAACCUCGGCUUCAGCGGCGCGCAAAACACAGCAAAGCCCAAGUCCGAACUCGAUAUGCGUUACGACCUCAUUCGCAAUUCGAAGACGCGGUCCAAGGCAGCUUUGCGAUCGCCUACACAGCUACUUCAGGACCGUCUGAACAUGUCGCCGAAAAAGAAGGAAGCAGAGAGAGUCCGCAUAUUUACCCCACCGCGAGUGACAGUCAAUGGCUGUCUAUUGCCUGGACCCAGUGCACAGGCAGAGGCAUUCACCAGCACAUCUGUACGCGCGAGGACAGAGACGGGAGGCCGGCCAUCCUGGUGGUGCAAAUUUGAUAAGCUCGUCGUCUUUGAUGGAAUUGAACAGGCCGAUGGCGAGAUGAGGUUACGGACGCGGACCAGCAAAGGCCUGACGAUUGCCAGGAGACAAGGCGAUUUGGAGACCGUGGUGAUACCGUUGGAUUGCACUCAUUGCCAUGAGAUGCUGAAUCGACACGAGUGGAAGUACGAUAUGCGAGUGUGCAAGCGCAGCGUUUGCUGGGACUGCAAGGAGAGGUGUAAGUGGGAGUUCGAGCAAGAGAGGAUUAUGACUGCCACCACGCCGCGCGCAGAUGCAAACAGGGACAGAGCGGACAGUGUGCUCCAAGACGGACAAGUCAGCGGCCACGUGCUGAGGAAAGAGAUAAUCGCUUGAGCUAGCGUUCUGUAGAUUUCGAGCAGUCGUGCAUUGAUAAUGGCGCGUGUCCACUGCAUCAAAAAUCUAACCAUUAGACCCUGUA